GACCGCCACAGUGUUGUUCGACGAGAAAGAUACACGAAGGCGAGAAAUUCUUGUUUUUUUUUUUUUUUACAUCCGAACAUCGAAAAUCACGAGGAAAACGAUGGUAGAUGCACGUUCCAAAGGGUCAUCGAACGUAUAAGCUCAAUUGCCGCGGACACGUAAACCAUUCGUGGGUGAAGUGAAACACAUGUGUCGGUCAAACUGUGUUUUCCACAGCAGAGUGCCCGUCCCGUGUUUGACCCGUGAAAAUCGUCCGUUCAGAGAGCCAACUUGUACGCCAGUCGCAGAAAUUUCCAAGAUAUCAACGUGUUUGGCCGUGAAUAAGCCCGUUAAUGCGACGAGUUGCUUAUUCGACAUGAAGUAGAACUGAUUGCAAAAGGCGGCAGUGCGUGGGUGGGUGGGUGUCUGAGCGAUUGCCACUCAUGUACAGAAAAUUCCUUUCGGAAUUUGUCAGAAAAUGUGGCUGGCCCAUCAACGAUAGUGUGCUUUCUCGCUCGAUAUCACCCGUUCGAUCGGUGUAUCGUUAAUUGGCAUAUUGUCUGGACAAAUGUUCCUGGCCACAGGAAAAAAAUAUUUCAGUUAAAUUACAGAGCGACACCGCUCUUACUGUCAAUCUUUGGCCCAAUGUCAAUUUGACAGUAUCGAAGAAAUAAGAUCAAUAUGAUCCUCUCCUUUUAUUGUUACCAACUCUGUUGAGUCUGAGAGGAAUCUACACAUUCUGUUACUAUCAACACUGUCGUUCGAUACUUUUGUGUAACCAAGUUAUCUUUUGGUUCCUUGCCAAGUGUUCCUUUUUCUUUUUGUUUUGUUUUCUUCCCCUCUCCUCUUUCCUCCUAUAUGAAAGAUGCUUUCCUUAAACUGCGAAACAAGAAUACUUUAACAGGAACACUCAUUCGAAAUUGUUACUCAUAGUUUUAAGAGAAGGACCUGUUCAAGGCCGUGCCUCUCUCAUCAAACUGAUAUUAAGAGGCUGAAGCAUGAAAGGUCAAGCGGAGAAAAAUGGAUAUCGAUAAAGUAUCAGCAUGCGUGAGAAGUCAGCAGAAUGUCAUGCUCACGCAGGUCACGUGAGGGGCACAACAGAAAUGUGCUCACGUGAUCCUUCUACGUUGCACUCAACCCUUACCAAGGCAAAUGGUAAAAAUUCAAACCCACAGCCAACGCAUCAUUCAUCUGAAACACGCAUUGAUAACAACAUACUUCCAACGCCUGGCGGACGUUUAAAGUUUUUUAAAGAUGGCAAAUUUAUCUUGGAACUGUCCCAUCGCAGAGAUGGAGAAAGAACUACAUGGUUUCCAGUUCCAAAGAAAACAUUUUGGCCACCAGCCAGCACAACUCCGAAUCGACAAGAGAGUUCCACCUCUCUCAGUGUUUCAGAUGAUAAUUCAUCGGUUCAAUCAAGUCCUUGGCAAAGAGAUCACUGUUGGAAACAAGCGAAUCCAAGACAUAGAAUAUCCACGGAGUUUAAUUUUUACUAUCAUAGAAGUCCAAAAAAUCGUCUGUGCGCACAUCCUCGCUUAGUCGCAAGAAAACGCAGACGUCCGUUAGAUCCUACUUCUCUGUUACUCGUUUCAGAAUCAGUAACGAAUUACACGAAGCCAAUUCGUAAAGCAAAUGGCACAUCAACGGGAAAAGUUUUGAACCUAAUUAUCGACAAAUUGGCACGUCUUCUAGAUCCUAAUGUCGUCUCUCCACGCAAACGUAUUUUGCGUGAGCUAGAAAGAGUGUCGUUAGAAGAUCAAGCAUCGAAAAGACGCGCGACACCACAGCCUGUUUGUACAACAACAGCUCCUACAUCAUCACCAAAACAAUUAUCUUCAUAUAGUAUAACGAGUAUCCUAGGAGAAGAUAAACCAACUCACGAGCAAGGGUUUUUGAGGAAUUUAUUGAAACCAGAUGACAGGCAAACUGCAAAAUACUCAUCAAGCAAUUCGUACCCAAGAGUACGAAUGGAUCCAUACAUUGGUACAACUAAUGCACCUCUUCAACAUCCACUUUAUGGCGUACCAAUGUUACCUCCUGGACCAUACAGAGCUCCUUUAUGGAUGCAUUAUCCAUCGCCCGUCCAUUACCCACCUCCUAUGCCAUUGUAUGCACCACCACCACCUCAUCCACCAUCUCCUCCAAUUCAUCACUACAAAGACUACAGGGAACAGACUUUAACGCCUCCUUCGGAUAUGCCUCUAAAUCUGUCGAAGCAUGCGGGUUGAAUCUCAGGAUCCUAAAAGUUGGUGCCUUAUAUCAUCGGUGGGAUGAACCUGCGGAAACACUGCCCGUGUAACGCAAUAUAUUAGUAUUUUUUUAUUCGUAAACAGUAGUAUAGUAAGUAGAAAUACGCAACUGGAAAGACGAAGUCUGGAUGCUAUUCUUGUACAUAAAAGUGCAUAAACUGUCGAAGUUGGUAUAUAUAGGUAUUUUAUAUUAAUGUUAAAUUAAAUCAUGAGUAGUAUUAUACAAUUGUAAUUAAAAUUAUGUACGUGAUAUAAAUGAUCUUAUCACCUAAUGUGCUCAUUACUUUCUCAUUUUGAUUAAUUAUUGCUAAGAAAUAUUUUGUCGUCGUCUUGGAAUCCAUAAAUGUGUUCACACUGUAAGAUUGUAAAAUUUGAUUUUCAUUCAUUAUUUUUACUACUCAUGAUACAAAUAUUACGAUGAAAGGAAGAGCAUGCUCUCAUCUUACGCAUCUCACUUAUACAUUAUCUUGUUAUUCUUAUUAAUGUUACUGUCAUUAUUAUCAUUAAUAAAUGAUAUGACUAUUCAUUUAAAAAAAAAAUCACAUGAAAGACAUAGAAUUAUGUACAGAACAGAUUACUAUAUUUAGUAUAAAUAUUCCUAUGAAUAUUAUAUAUAUAUAUUAUUAUACAUACAUAUAUGUAUAUAUAUUAUAUAUAUAUAAUAAAUUUAGGUUAAUAGCACACGCAACAGUAUACAUUUAUUUAUAUAAUAUUAACGACAAAAUUGCUUAGUAUAGACCGUGGGGUGUGCCUUAAAUGAUUACCUAAAUUGCAAAAAAAACUAAAUUAUAAACACAUUCAUGAAUAUGUAUUAUUAUUAUUACUAUUACUAUUGUGUAUAUAUAAAUAUAAUUUUGCGUUAUGUAUUUGCAUCAAAUCGAUUAUUCGUCACUAUUUAUUGUUAGUCGAACACAUUACCAAACGUUUUACGCGAAAGGCAAGCUCGCACAGGCUCUACAAACUAGUGAGUAAUAUCUAAUUAUUCAUUUACAUACAAUUUUUUUAUUAAUUGAAACAUGAAAAAUAUGUGACUGCGCGUAAGCAACUGUAUAGAAAGACUAAUUUCGUAAAUAUAUAAAUAUUUCACAUACUA